AUGACGAGCCAGCUGAGGGAGGCCCGCCAUCUCGAGAGCCACGUCGUGAUCUUUCUGCAUCGAGUCCCGGAGGUAGAUCCCGCUCACGUUCUCGAAAAUCUCGCGUCGGCGAUCGUGCUCUUCCUAUCGGUGAUCUGCGCAGGCGAAAGUCUCUUGGGUCACGCCAAUCCCGCUCUCGCUCGCGCUCCCGGCUUCUCUCGUCUCGGUAUCGGUCUCGAAAGUCGAUGUCUCUAUCCCUGCCUCUAUCACGGCUGUCAUCUCUUCCAGGCCAUCCUCGCCCUCCUCUGCCUCGCCCUCUUCCGCCUCGGAAGUCGCCAGCAAAUCCUCCUCCCCGAGGCCCGGCGGGGGGAUCUAUCAGAGCCUUGGGACCACGAGGUGGCUCUCUGCGCAGCUGAUCGCCGAAGACGUCCCUGCCCGGGGGAAAAGCGGCCGAGUUCGUUCUUGCUUCUGCAGAGGAGCGUCGCCUAUCGCCAUCGCUAUAAUGUGAUGCCCGGUCAAAGCGGUCCGGGGAACGAUCUCGAGGAGAUCUCGACCGCCGGUCCGCGUCGUAUCGCGAGUAUCUAG